GCACUAACGUUGAGGUGGAAAAAACCGUGCUGAAAAUGUGAAUCGUUCCAUAACACUUACCGAUAGGAAUUGGAACUUGCACUACACACCGGCAUUGCGCCUGGUGUUCCCUGUUUUCACAUCGCUAGUACGGUGAUUAACGGACAAAGACUGCCCAAACUCGUUUUCGAAUGCUUUCUGGUUUUUAUCUGGCAGUUUUGCAAAGAGAUAGCAAAAACAACUCGUAACAUUUCGCGAGUUAAGAUGAUGCGCGGACGAUGGUCACGAUGUGUUAUUUUUUUGUAAACAAACAGCCCGAAAGAGCGACGCAUAUGGCGAUAAAGUGUGCGUGCCUACGCACGCACACUGUCGUGAAGAUAGAUAUUGUACACUCGCAUGUGUGCGUUUUGUUUUCCGUUUCCUGCUGCUACACACGCAUCCACACUCUGUGUAACUAAAGUAUGCGCGAACACUCGUCUUUACGUAUAUGCUUCUCUUUUACUCCAGAUCGCGUAUUCAUGCCCGUCCACGCCAGCAGAAGCCUCCAGUCGAAGUUUCAGCCAGUGGUGGGGAUAAAUCCGAUAGAAAACCGAUUUCCGAAGGCAAUUGGGGUUGCUGUCUAGUUCAUCCAGCCAAACAUUUUCAUUUUUUGCACUUCAUUUUCCAGUUCUUUUACAGUUGUGUGUAGUUGAUUGGAGUUUGCGCUGACAGCGUUUCAAGAAUUUCAUAGUCAUCUUCGGUUGCAGUGUUGAAAGGUGGUUUUUAGUUGCGCUUGGCAUAGUUUUGUGAAGAAACGCUGUCCAAAAAUGGCUGGAACUUUGGAAGACAGAGAAAUCUGGAAUGAAUCCGAGGCACCACUUGGCGAAGAAGUUUUGAGAAUGCCUACUGAAGAACUCAUGAGCCGUAUCCGUUUAAUGGACAAUGAGAUCAAAAUUAUGAAGAGCGAAGUAGUUCGUAUUAACCACGAACUGCAAAAUCAAAAUGAAAAAAUUAAGGAUAACACAGAAAAAAUUAAAGUGAAUAAAACACUCCCAUACUUAGUUUCGAACGUUAUUGAAUUACUGGAUGUCGAUCCUCAGGAAGAGGAAGACGAUGGUGCGGUUGUUGUGCUCGACUCACAACGGAAAGGCAAGUGUGCCGUUAUUAAAACGUCUACCCGGCAGACAUAUUUCCUGCCAGUUAUUGGUCUUGUUGACGCCGACAAACUGAAGCCCGGAGAUCUUGUGGGCGUUAAUAAGGACUCCUAUUUGAUACUGGAAAUGUUACCGGCUGAGUACGAUGCACGCGUUAAAGCAAUGGAGGUGGAUGAAAGACCGACGGAGCAAUAUUCCGAUAUUGGUGGACUCGAUAAACAGAUACAGGAGUUGAUCGAGGCCGUCGUUUUACCGAUGACACACAAGGAAAAAUUUAAGAGUCUGGGCAUCCAUCCACCUAAAGGCGUACUGCUUUACGGACCUCCUGGGACUGGUAAAACGUUACUUGCCAGAGCAUGUGCUGCUCAAACCAAAUCCACCUUUCUCAAGUUGGCGGGGCCCCAGCUCGUUCAGAUGUUCAUCGGAGAUGGUGCAAAACUCGUGCGUGAUGCGUUUGCCCUAGCGAAGGAGAAAUGCCCUGCAAUUAUUUUUAUUGAUGAGCUCGACGCUAUUGGAACGAAGCGAUUCGAUUCGGAAAAGGCAGGCGACCGUGAAGUGCAGCGUACGAUGCUUGAGUUGCUCAAUCAGCUGGAUGGUUUCAGUUCGACGGCGGAUAUCAAAGUAAUUGCGGCAACCAAUCGAGUCGAUAUUUUGGAUCCAGCACUAUUGCGCUCAGGACGGUUGGACAGAAAAAUAGAAUUUCCUCAUCCGAACGAAGAGGCGAGAGCACGUAUUAUGCAGAUCCAUUCCCGUAAAAUGAAUGUAAGCCCAGAUGUCAAUUUCGAAGAGCUGGCUCGUUCGACAGACGAUUUUAAUGGGGCACAGUGCAAGGCUGUGUGCGUCGAAGCAGGCAUGAUCGCUUUGCGUCGUUCCGCUAUAUCCGUCACUCACGAAGACUUCAUGGAUGCAAUUAUGGAGGUGCAGUCAAAAAAAAAGGCAAAUUUAAACUAUUUUGCUUGAGCCAGUCGCAGAACACUGCAGGAGCGUGGAACGGCGUCCUUAU